CAUUUUAAAGCGUUUAAAGCGACAGCAUACUUGUGACGUAGAUUAUAUGCGACGCAAUAACACAACACACGAGGAUUUCUUGGUAAAUGCCAAAAUUUGUAUUCUCCCUUUGAUUCGUCCAUAAUUAUGUUUACAUGGGCAGCAAUGUUUCCUAUAUUUCAUUAGACUGGGCCAUACAGGGACAAUGGAUACAACUGAAACUCUGGAAGAAAAGGACAUAUCAGUUUGCACAUUUCAGCUGAAUACAACAGAAGAGACCAGAAUAUCAGAAAUGCUUGACCUGUUGCAUAUUGACCUCGAAAUUGAAACAAAGCCGGCAAUCAGCCUUGAUGCCGAAGACUGUGCAUGUUCUAAAAACGUCCAGAGGAAGCGGAGGAACUGGGAGAAAAGACUGGCAGCCAAGAAGAACAAACGGAAAGAAGAAAAGCAGAGGAGGAAGCUCAAACGGGCUGAACAGUCAGUUACAGGCACUGAUACGGACAACCCUCAGCACAGCAAACGUGUUGUCAAGGUGAUCACCAAAGAGCGCCUCCGGGAGGCCCAACUGGCAGGACCCAAGCUGUGUGUGGACUUGGGCAUGACGGAAUGCAUGUCUCAUAAGGAAAUAAGCCGGCUUGCCUGUCAGAUACGACGUUUGUAUGGGUCCAACCGGAAAGCUGCCAGGCCCUUCCACAUAGUGCUCACGGACAUGAGAGAGAGCAGCCUGCUGUACCAGGAGUGCCUGAGGAUGAACGAUGGCUUUCUGGACUAUGUGAUGGACGUUACUGAAGAAAGCUGCGUCGACCUCUUCCCUCUUGAAAGCCUCAUCUACCUCACACCCGAUGCAGAGCAAGCUUUGAACACUGUGGAUCCAGAGAAGGUCUACAUACUUGGAGGUCUUGUGGAUGAGAGCAUUCAGAAGAAGAUCAGCUAUUUGAAAGCGAAGGCCAGUGGUAUCCGUACAGCCAGGUUGCCCAUUGAUGAAUACAUGGUGAAGAAGAGUAACCCCAAAAACUUCCAUUCAAAGAUACUGGCCAUUAAUCAGGUCUUCGACACCCUGCUGUGCUUCUGUGAAUCGGGCAGCUGGACUCAAGCCCUGGGAGAGGGAGUCCCUCUGGGGAAAGGGUACAUGGUUGCUCAGGAAACGGCUGAGACGUCUGCGCCCUGAAUGAAACGCUGAAUUGCCGAAGCUGUGGACACCUUAUCGAUGGCGCGUGAAAUCUGAAGGGCAGCUCUUUAUGCGGGGGGGGGGGAGGUGGUGGUCACCCAGCAGUCUUUCCCUGACCCUGUGCACUGAAUGGGGAUGGCUGCGUGGUGUCCAUGCUGUGAAACACUGAGAGUGCAUUGACAUUUUGCUUACACUGAGGUUACCAGGACUACAAAGGGCUUCUUCUGCCCUGUUGCAGACAUGGCUGCCACCUUCUGGACAGCCUGGGUGCAUGGGUAACCUGAAUGAUGCAGGGUGCUGUUUGGUAAUGGGCAGGGGUGGCAUAAUGAUCCCCCAAAAUGGUUGGAACUAAAUUUCCUUCUGAGACUCACUGAUUUGAACCAAUCAUAAUGGUCUGCUGUGGAGAGCUUUCUGAUUGGUUCAAUAAUUUAUUCUUCCUCCCCUAGUCUUGUUCUUGCCCUCUGUCUCUUUUAUUGAAUAUUCAGGUCACAUGACCUAAGGAAUGAUAGUGGUGGUGUGCUGUGGCUGUGACCUCUUGUUCUAAUCCUUCUAUCACAUUGGUUUGUGAAGGCAAGCCGGAUGUCUUUCAUUGGAAUUCAUAACUUGAAAAAAUAUGCACUGCUCUGUUGGUCUGGAAUGUAAUUUAGAAAUCUGCAUUUUCUAUGUCACUGAUCUAAUGUUAAUCAAGGUUUUAUAAUUAUUCUCAUGUUGUAAUUAUUGUACUUUUUGAUUCUUGUCUAAGAUAAAUGUUGCUUUUUUUUAAGCACAACAGUUUGAAAGAAGGUUCUAUAACCAUGAAAAGACUUUUUAGAAUAUACACUGUAUGGAAAGUAUCUGGACCCUGCUUGGUCUGGGGCUGUUUUUCAUGGUUUGUGCUAUGCCCUUUAGGUCCAGUGAAGGCAAAUCUUAAUGCCCUUACACUCACAUUCUAGACUAUUCUGUGAUCCAAACUAUUGCGGAAUGCCCUUUCCUGUUUCAGUAUGACAAUACCCCCACACACAGUGAGGUGGGGCCUAUGAAGUUUGCAUGUUCUCUCUGUGUCCACGUGGGUUUCCUCCGGGUACUCCGGUUUCCUCCCAUAGCCUACAGACAUGUAGGUUAGGACCUGUCUGAGUAUUCUUACCUUGUCACUUAAGCAGGUUAGGUAAUGGGGAUUAUCUGUCUGUCAUCAAACCAAUCUGUGUAUCACAGUCUCCAAACAUGCUGCUACAGGUUAGUGUGAAUACUUUUUCAGCCUUGCUGGAGAUUUAUGUCUUAUGCGUAGUAAAUGUCCUCAUUCUAUUGGCUCACUGAGUUGUGACUCACAGACUGAAAAUCCCUUGGCAAAAAAGCCUGUUGCAUCAUCCAGAUAUUUUGACUGAUAUGGUUUGUAUUUACAGAGUCUUCUCAAAUAACCUAAAUACCUGAUCCUGAUUCCAUGUAAUGUAAUCGAUCUACUGCAAUGCACAACGGACUGAAAUAAAAAGUCUUGAGUCUUGUGUA